UUCUUCUCUUUUUGUGCAGGGGGGAUGCUUUACUUGACUGAGGCCACUUUACUCUUCUGGUUUUUAAAACACGUGGGGAGAUCCUUGGCUCUUGAAAUUCAAGGCGUUGCGAAUUGGUCCAACGGACCUUGGCGAGGCCGCUUUACUCUUCUGUAUGAGCUUUAAUUGCAGUGAGGUGGAGCUUCUCUUGAGACUCUGAGAGUUAACUUUCUCAUACUUCCUCGCAGCAACAAUUGUGAUCUCUGCACUUACCGGUUAUCAUUUCAAUUGCCGGCGCCAAAGCAUUUUUGGGUCGAUUGAUAUUGGAUAGAAAAGCGAUGAGUAAGAAUUAUCUACCCGAAGAAAUUGUCGAAGAAAUCCUCUUGCGAUUGCCGGUCAAAUCUUUGUUACGAUUCAGGUGUGUAUCUAAACUUUGGCGCUCGCUAAUCUCGGAUCCCCGAUUCACAAAAUGGCAGUUCGGGCAAGCGUCUCAGCAUCCACAAAGAUUACUUAUAUCAUCCAGUUCUGAAAUUCGAUCCCUAGGCUGCGACGUGCCAUUUGGGGACAGUUCCGCUCUCAGAGAACUCGACGUCCCAUUCCAGAGAAAUGGUCUCCGUGUUAGAAUUAUAGGGUCUUGCAAUGGUCUGGUUUGUGUGGCUCUCCAUUCCCAUAAGGGUUUCUAUAUUUGGAAUCCUUCAACUGGAGACCACAGGAAAUUGCCAGAUCCUGGUGCUCCACCAGGUGGCUUCAUACAUUGGCAUGGUUUUGGGUAUGAUUCAUCCACUGAUGACUACAAGCUUAUUGUGGCCUCUUACCGGCUUCUUAAUGGUGGUGGCCGUUCAAGUGAAGGCGAGGUUUUCUCUUUAAAAAGAAAUUCAUGGAAAGGUAUUCUUCAUGACCUCGACCAUUCAUAUGGCGCGACAGAGUCAGCAGGGAUCCUUUGCAAUGGGUCUCUGCAUUGGUACCUUAAAGUGAGCGAGCCAGCAAGUGAUGAAAUACAUGCGUUUGAUUUAGCAGAGGAGAAAUUCCACGAGAUACAGAUGCCCAUCCAGGAAGAUGGACACCCUCGACAACCACCUUUCAGGAUUGUGAGGAACCUUGGAGGGUUCCUGUGUUUAGUUGGUUAUACUCAUACCCAUAUAGACAUAUGGAGAAUGAUGGAAUAUGGAAUCGAAGAAUCAUGGGAACCAAUGCUCAGAGUUGCGUAUUCUCGUAUUUCCAGAAAUUCACUACCGCUUUGGCUUUCGAGAGGUGGUCAGCUGGUGGUAAUACAUGCUGAAAAGGAGUUAAUGAUAAGUGAACCUGAAGGAGAGCUUGAACAUGUUGUGACCUUGGGUGACUUUUUGUGUGAAGCAGCUGUCUUCGUUGAGAGUUUACUUUCACCUAAUCAUUACGGUGGGGAUGAAAGGCAACGCCUUCUCUGUGAUGAAGACCGAUGAUAACCAUCAGUACUGCACUCAAAUGCUGGUGUAUUUCCAUGAUUUAUCUGGCCAUUCCACCUUUAUCACCUAGCCUGCGAGGUGCUAAAGAUGCUUCAGUGGCGGAAGUCAUGGUGAUAUCGGGGGAGCAAAAUUAGUGGAAUAUCAAUUUAGUCGGGUGGCACGAGAUUGGGAAACGAGCAGUUUUGAAGAAUUUUUUAGCCAUGUAUACACCAGCAAGUAGAUAUGAUGUGGUGGACACCUGUAGGUAAAGGUUUAUUCUUAGUGUGCUCUUUUUAUAAGUCCCUCACACAGGAGCCGAAUAUUCAGUUUCCAUGGAGAAGGUUAUGGAGACAUAAGGCGCCUCCUAAAGCGGCAUUAUUUAUGUGGACAACAUCCUUGGUAAGAUCCUCGCAACUAACAAUUUGAGGAAACGAAGCGUGAUCAUUGCAAAUUGGUGUUGUAUGUGUAAGAACGGUGGGGAGUCAGUGGACCAUCUCCUAUUACAUAGAGAGUUAUGGAAUGAGGUGUUCAGUAGACUAAAGUUGGCUUGGGUUAUGCCUGAGACAGUGGGGGCAGUGCUGGCCAGCUGGUCAAACCUUAAGAGGCACUCAACAGAUUAAAGCUAUGUGAAACAUGGUCCAUAUUUGCAUCAUGUAGUGAUUGUGGUAGGAGCGAAAUGAGCAGACGUUCAAGGAUAAGGAGAGAUCGUUGGAGGAGCUUAAAGUUUUUCUUUUUAGAACUCUAUGUACUUGGAUCAUUGCUGUUGACCUUAAUGGCAUGGACUUUCAUGAUUUUCUUGUCUCUACCGCUCCUUCUUCGUAGAGGAUUGCUGUGUAAUGUUUCUGGCUAUGCCUAUUCUUUGAUCAAUGAAAUUUGUUUACUUCGAAAAAAAAAAAAAAAGGAUGUGUUGGUGCUAGAAAGAGGGAGAAAAGUGGUUGUUAUACGUUUUAGAGUUCUGAAAUUUCAUCUAAGACAUAUGAUUGGAGAUUUAUGGGUCAGCUAACGUUCAUGCACAUUGUAUUCUCAGAACUGGAAAGUUGGGAAUUGUUUUUAUUUUGUGGUUAUACUUUGAUCUUUCUUACCAGAUCAUAUUAUUGUUUGCUAA